UUUUACCUGCUUGGCAUGACGUCACGGCACCUUCAGGAAACAGACACGGUGGAGUCCAUGAUCAGCUCGGGAUGAUAAAUGUCUCUGGUCUGGAUGGGGAAACGAAAUUAAAAACACUGACGCUUUGAGUUGGACUUUAAACACAGUUUGUUUGAGUUGUUGACUUCGUGUACUGAGCUCUCGUGGGUUUAAACACGAUGUCUGCCUCCGCUGUGUUUGUGUUGGACCUGAAGGGGAAGGUGCUGAUUUGCCGGAACUACAAAGGCGAUGUGGACAUGGCUGAGAUCGACCACUUUAUGCCUCUACUGAUGACACAUGAAGAGGAAGGUCUUCUGUGCCCUGUGCUGUCACAUGGCAGCAUUCACUUCAUGUGGAUCAAACACAGCAACCUCUACUUGGUGGCCACUACAAACAAAAACUCAAACGCCUCUCUUGUGUAUUCAUUUCUUUACAAAAUGGUCGAGGUGUUCACAGAGUACUUCAAAGAGCUGGAGGAAGAGAGCAUUCAAGACAACUUUGUGCUCGUCUAUGAGCUGCUGGACGAGCUGAUGGACUUCGGCUUCCCUCAGACUACAGACAGCAAGAUCCUGCAAGAAUACAUCACUCAAGAAGGGGCAAAGCUUGAGGUGACCAAAUCCAAGGUGCCGACCACCGUCACCAACGCUGUCUCCUGGAGGUCAGAAGGGAUCAAAUACAAGAAGAAUGAGGUUUUUAUAGAUGUCAUCGAGUCCAUCAAUGUACUGGUGAAUGCUAAUGGAAGUGUGAUGAGCAGUGACAUUGUGGGCAGCAUCAAGCUGAAAACCAUGCUCUCUGGGAUGCCUGAGCUGCGGCUGGGCCUCAAUGACCGAGUGCUUUUUUCUCUCACUGGACGUGACAAAGGAAAGACGGUGAUGAUGGAGGAUGUGAAAUUCCACCAGUGUGUCCGUCUCUCUCGCUUUGACAGCGAUCGAACUAUCUCCUUCAUUCCUCCUGAUGGGGAAUCAGAACUCAUGUCCUAUCGCAUCAAUACCCACGUGAAGCCUCUGAUAUGGAUUGAAUCAGUCAUAGAGAAAUUCUCUCACAGUAGAGUGGAAAUCAUGGUUAAGGCAAAGGGACAAUUUAAAAAACAGUCUGUGGCAAAUAAUGUGGAGGUGAGGGUCCCGGUCCCCAGCGAUGCUGAUUCACCAAAGUUCAAAACCAGCACAGGUCAUGCCAAAUACGUGCCCGAGAAGAACCUGGUGGUGUGGACCAUCAAGUCUUUCCCUGGAGGUAAAGAAUUUCUAAUGAGAGCACAUUUUGGUCUGCCCAGUGUGGAGAAUGCCGAGCUGGAGGGCAAACCUCCCAUUACUGUCAAAUUUGAAAUCCCAUACUUCACAGUCUCAGGAAUACAGGUGCGAUACAUGAAGAUUAUUGAAAAAAGCGGUUACCAGGCUUUACCCUGGGUUCGGUACAUUACCCAGAGUGGAGACUACCAGCUGAGGACCAAUGUAUAAACCCAGAGGGAUUGCUGUAUAUACUGCACUUGCAAGACCUCCAGGGAAGCAUCAAUGAUCAUAUAACUUUGACUGAAGGACUAUCCCAAAAUUUCACCUGCUCUAUUUAAUGUCACUGAUCUUGUUUUUAAAAAACUAUGUGCAACUUAAUUUUAUUGUGACUAUUGUGGGACCACUGCUAACUUUGUAAAUGUGAAAGCAAAUUAUUGCCUUGAAACAAUAUGUCAUUAGUUUUAUUUGUAUGUGUGCUCUGCCCCUUUGUUUUUCUCAAGAGUUUCUAACACCAUAUUUGGGCAGCUUCUGUCCUUAUACUGUAGUAAUGCAUUAUGUAAUCACAGUCGCUAAAUUCCGCCUAAAAUUAAAAACUUAAACCCGC